AGAAAGGUUGUUUCCUUAAUAAUUAAAUCGAUUUUAAACGAUUAAAAUUCACCGAAAAUGGAAAAAGACUAUUUAAAUGAGUCAGAGAAUGCUGAAGACGAUGAAAGUAAAGCAGAACAUCAAGGAAAUAAACAGUUUCGUGUUCGAAAGAAGCAAAUGUAUAUAAAGUUGCUAAAUCAGAUGGAAUUUUACUUUUCAAGUUCCAAUUUAGCCAAAGACAGAUUUAUAGCAAAACUGAUCUCUGAGGAUCCUUAUGUCCCGUUAUCAACAUUCUUGAAAUUCAAUAAGAUAUCGCAGAUUUUAAGGACAUACAUGAUUCCAGAAGAGAAGCACUUGCAUGAAAUAACGAAAUCAAUCUCUAAAUCAACAAUCCUUGAGUUGUCGGAGGAUAAAACAAAGAUUCAAUUGAAAUCAGAUGCUCCUAAAAAGACACAAGAAGAGAUUGAUGAAUGUACAGUCUAUAUUGAGCAAAUCCCAAUAAAUUCAACACAUGAUUCACUUAAAUUAAUCUUCUCAAAGUAUGGGAAAGUAAAUUACGUCAGUUUACCUCGCUAUAAAAAAUCACGUCAAAUAAAACAAUUUUGCUUCAUUGAGUUUGAUGAUCCAGCAAAUGUUCAGAAUGUUGUUACAGCAUUUAAGAAAAUCGAUGGUGUCUUACAAGGCACGAGUGUUAAACCUGAAAAUCUAUUAAGCAUCACGACAUUUGAAAAGGACGAUCAUGAUGAGGAACCGCCAUCAAAAAAAGCUAAAAUAGAAAGUCAAGAAACUGAAAGUACAGAAACAGAUGUGCCAGAAAAUAAGGACAAUAGUGAAGAUGUCAAGAAGGAUGGAGACGAAAAGACAAGUGACAAAGAAGCUACAGCUGAUGAAGAUCCCACAACAACUGAUAGUCCAAAAAAGAAGAAAAGGAAGCACAAGAGACGAAAUACAGCCAAAAAUAAACUAGUAGAUGACCAUUUAAUGUCAAUGAAAGUCAUGAAAAAGAAUGAAUGGAAGAAGCUUCGUAAUGCCUACCUGAAUCUAGAGCGUCAGAAGGCAAAGGAGAUUAAAAAGAUCCUAAGAGAAACUUAUAAUAAACGAACAGACAUUAAAAAUCAGCCAUUUGCAGCUUUAACUGCUAAAGUAUCGCCAAAAAUAAACUUUUAUGGAUCACCAAAUGAACGUAGUACUGAAAAUGUCAAUGAACCUGUAGCUGAAUCUAUUGAGGCAGGAAAUCUCUUGUUUGAUCCAGGUUGCAUUGUGAAUAUUAAGUUUAGAGAACCAUGUGUUGAUUUUAAGGAAUUUAAAAAAGAACUUAAGCAAUUCCCGAGUGUCCAAUAUGUAGACAUCAUGGAAGGCGGUUCACAAUGUUUUAUUAGAGUUAAUGCAUCUCAAGCAGCACAUGAACUGGUCAAUCACUAUUCGAGCUGUGAAUAUGAAACGGAAGUCUUAAAGGAUGAUCUAGAAAAAGAUUAUUGGAAGAAAAUAUUUGAUAGUCGUGAAAAAAAGAAAAAGAAUGAGGACAAAAGCAAGCCAAAUCCUGAGAAGAGACAUCGCCGUCGUGGUCGUGAAAAGCUUGUUGAAAAAAUAAGUAAAGCUACUCAAAACACAAUCAUCCGUUUUGGUGAUUUAGACGAACAUACAGAAUAACGUAAUGUAUAAAAAGGAUUUUAUUGCUUUAUUUCAAC